AUGAUGAUGUCGAACUCGUCGUCGUCCACGUUGUCAGGCUGCACAGCCACAAGAAUGGCCUUGCUCUGCUUGUCGCCGAGCCACUCGUUGUCGACCUCUAUUGGGAAGUACCCGUCCAGGUUCGGUAUCCAGUCGGACGUGAAGAAGGCUCCUGGGAUGAGUCCCUUGUGUUGCUGCGAAGGCACAAUGUUCUUUGGUUUAGGUUUCACAGGGGCCCCCAAAUCGUCCAGAUCAACCAGGCCUCUUUUCACCAUACCAGCGUCUCUGGACGCCUCUUUCAAGAAUGCAUAG